UGUAUUACCAUUAAUUAUUUGUUGCCUAAGCUUUCGGACCUCACGUCUUGGUCCUUAGUAGAAUGGAGACAGUCCAAAACUAGGAUUGAAUAAUCAAACAAAGUGGGCUGAUUGCUGCACCAGCCAUUACAAGGCUGCUCUCAGCUUUUUUUUUAAACAGGAAUUCGGGAAAAUGGGAAGCCGAAUCCAGAGAAAACCCAGAAUUCUGUGCCUCCAUGGAUUCAGGACAAGUGCUGAAAUUCUCAAGAAACUGGUCCUUCGUUGGCCUGCAACCUUGCUUGACAAGUUGGAUCUUGUUUUCCUUGAUGGCCCAUAUCCUGCCCAAGGGAAGUCUGAUGUUGAAGGCAUUUUUGAUCCUCCUUACUAUGAAUGGUUCCAAGCCAACCAGGAUUUCACUGAGUAUACAAAUUUUGAAGAAUGUCUUGCCUUUAUUGAAGAUUAUAUGAUAAAGAAUGGUCCAUUUGAUGGUUUUCUGGGCUUCUCUCAGGGAGCAAUUUUAUCAGCUGCCUUGCCUGGAAUGCAGAGAGAUGGUGUAGCCCUUACCAAAGUUCCAAAAAUCAAGUUUCUGAUAAUAAUAUCAGGAGCCAAGUUCGGAGGGUCUAGGUUUGGACAUCAUAAGCUGACUUCUAAAGCAUUUUCAUCACCUGUCGAAUGCCCUUCUCUCCAUAUCAUAGGUGAAAUGGACUUCUUGAAGCCGGAGUCAACUGUUCUCCUGGAAUCUUUUGUGGAUCCUUUUGUGAUCAAUCAUCCCAGGGGGCAUACAGUUCCAAAACUCGAUGAGAAGAGUGAGGAAGUGAUGCUUGGCUUCAUUGAGAGGAUUCAGAAGACCAUGCCAACGGACGAAGAACAGAUCUGCUUGAAUGCAUAACCUAACCAGUUUAUUUCAAAUAAUAUGAUUUAAGAUGUGAUAUUAAUGCUAGUCAUUAAACCAAAUCACCAUGAAUGUUAAUGAUGAACCAAUGUCACAGCAGUAGCUAAAAUGGUUGAAAUUCAGCUGGAGAUAUUGUCUCGAGUUUUUAAUGCUCUUGUUUUCAUUUUUUCACUGCUUAUCAGUGGAUAAUUUAACUUAACCCACACUGAUUUAGGGGCUUCCAAUUUGUACCUGAAUAAGAUGUUUGAAAUUGCCAAAUUUCAUGUAAAAACAUUCAUAACCAAAUCAGAAGCCAGGCUAAUGGACCAUUUAAAAGACCAACCGAGUUAACAAUCCC